AUGCCAUUAUAUGAACAAUUACAAGAAGAACAACGUACUCGUCGUGAACAAGUACAUCAAAUGACUCGAGACUAUUUAUCAUCAAUAUCAAAACCCUUUAGUUUUGAUGCACGUGAAAAAGCUAAAACAAUAUUACGACGACAUUCAUAUUCAGCAGGCGAUAUAAUUCAAUCAGGAUUCCAAUUUAAAGCUAAACCAUUACCACAUUUUUAUUAUCACACACAUCACGAUAAUGAACAGUAUGAAAUGAAAACAAUUCUAUUUUUUUUUGUUUAUUUUUCAAUAUUUGAAUUUUUUUUUAGAAUC